CAAGCGCAGAGUAAUGAUACAGAUAGCAAUGGAGACGGCAGUCCGUUCAACUUACAGAGAAAUGUAAUCACAGUAAUACUACAGCAUCUCUGGCUACAGAACAUAUAGAGUAGCCAUGGACCUCCGCCGCAGUGCCCAAGAUGUCGUCCGAUGUGACCUUUGCGAGACAGCUAUAGUACAGAUGUACUGUGAUUUCUGCCACAUCAACCUAUGCAUUGCCUGUAUAGGAAAACAUAUUGCUGAUGACUAUGAAAAACACAAAGUGGUCCCAUUCCAAAAUCGAAAAUCAACCUUGAUUUAUCCAAAAUGUUGUACACAUCAAACCGAAAAAUGUCAAUUUCAUUGCAAGGAAUGUGACAAGUCUGUCUGUUCAUUGUGUAAUGAUAAUAUGCUGUCCUCUGAUAAACAUAAGGGCCAUACAUUUUCAAUUCUUUCUGAAAUCUACAAUAAAAGAAAAGUAGACAUUACAAAAGAUUCAGAGGAGAUAGAAAACAUCAUUUCUCCAACAUAUGAAGAAAUGGCCACCGAUUUAGAAACCCAGAUAACCAACUUGGAUGGAGAAUACGUGAAAUUCACAACAGUAGUUACAAAACAUGGAGAGGAAUGGCACAAAGAAAUUGCCAAUGUCAUCAACAAAAUGAAAAAUGAAAUAGAAGAGAUGAAAACCAAACACCUGGAAAUUCUGAAGAAACAUUUGGAUGAAAUUAAGCAGAUACAGUCCCUUAUUGAGCAAUCACUGAUUACUCUGAAGGAAAUGGAGGAAUCCAAUGAAGUGUCUGUGACCAUGGAAUACAGAUCCAAAAACAAAGAAUUCAGAAAACUUCCUCCUAAAGUCCGAGUCUCACUGCCUACAUUUAGUCCAAACACGAUAGACAAUAAACAGCUUUACAAGUCACUGGGAUCUUUGAUACCAUUAUCAUUUACGAUAGAUGAAAAUGGCUCCACACUGAAGAAAGCAGAAACUUCACCCAAAGAACUGAUGGACGAACCAGAGCUUGUCACUACAAUAAAUACUGGGUAUGAAAAUGUCCGCAAUGUUACAUGUCUGAGUGAAAAAGAAUUCUGGACAGGUGCGGAAGUCAAUGAUAUGAAAUGCUUUAAUAUUCAAGGUACAGUUAUCAAUACAAUCAAAACAAAAUCAGGGGAAUGGCCACGUGAUAUAGCAGUGACAAGUGAUGGGGAUCUAGUGUACUCUGAUAUGACAACAAAGUCUCUGAAUAAAGUGAAGAGUGGACGGACAGAGGAGGUGAUCAGACUACAGGGCUGGAUAUCCAAACAAUUCUGUUUUACCCCCUCUGGUGAUCUCCUGGUUGCCAUGUACAGUGAUGAUCUAACAGAAUCCAAAGUUGUCCGUUACUCAGGUUCCACAGAGAAACAAACAAUCCAGUAUGAUGAUGAGGAUAAGCCUCUAUAUUCAGGAAAUAUUAAGAUUAAAUACAUCUGUGAGAACAGAAACCUGGAUAUAUGUGUGGCUGACUGGAAAGCUGGUGCAGUAGUGGUGGUCAAUCAGGCUGGAAAAUUCCGAUUUAGAUACACUGGUCAUUCUUCUUCUACCAAAAACAACGCAUUCCUUCCCUGGGCAUUCAAUUGCUGGACAUUCAAACCCUGGGGAAUCACAACAGACAGUCAGAGUCAAAUCCUGACAGCAGACUGUGAUAACCACUGUAUACACAUCCUGGACCAGGAUGGACAGUUACUCCGCUAUAUAGAUAAAUGUGACCUGAAACAUCCAUUUGGCUUAUGUGUGGACAAAAGUGACAAUUUGUUUGUUGCUGAGUAUAAUAGUGGAAAUGUGAAGAAAAUCAAAUUUGAAGGUGACCCAGGUGUUCAGAGAUCACUGCCAUGUGUUUGUCUGUGUUCCAAUGUGGUGGAGAAUAAUAGAAUAGCCAUGGACCCUUGCAACAGUGGCCAAGAUGUCGUACGAUGUGACCUUUGUGAGACAGCUAUAGUACAGAUGUACUGCGAUUUCUGCCAUGUCAAACUAUGCAUUGCCUGUAUAGGAAAACACAUUGUUGAUGACUACGACAAACACAAAGUGGUCCCAUUCCAAAAUCGAAAAUCUACCUUGAUCUAUCCAAAGUGUAGUACACAUCAAACCAGAAAAUGUCAAUUUCAUUGCAAGGAAUGUGACAAGUUUGUCUGUUCUUUUUGUACUGCAUAUGCAGAUAAACAUAAGGGUCAUACAUUUUCAAUUCUUUCUGAAAUCUACAACGAAAGAAAAGUAGACAUUACAAAAGAUUCAGAGGAGAUAGAAAACAUUAUUUCUCCAACAUAUGAAGAAAUGGUCACUGAUUUAGAAACUCAAAUAACCAACUUGGAUGGAGAAUAUGUGAAAUUCACAACAGUAAUUACAAAACAUAGAGAGGACUGGCACAAAGAAAUUGACAAUGCCAUCAACAAAAUGAGAAAUGAAAUGGAAGAGAUGAAAAUCAAACACCUGGGGAUUCUGAAGAAACAUUUGGAUGAAAUUAAACAGAUACAGUCCCUUAUUGAGCAAUCACUGAUUACUCUGAAGGAAAUGGAGGAAUCCAAUGAAAUGUCUGUGACCAUGGAAUACAGAUCCCAAAACAAAGAAUUCAGAAAACUUCCUCCCAAAGUCCGAGUUUCACUGCCUACAUUUAGUCCAAACACGAUAGACAGUGAACAGCUUUACAAGUCACUGGGAUCUCUGAUACCAUUAUCAUUCACGACAGAUGAAAAUGGCUACACACUGAAGAAAACAGAAACCUCACCCAAAGAACUGAUGGAAGAACCAGAGCUUGUCACUACAAUAAAUACUGGGUAUGAAAACCUCCACAGCGUUACCUGCCUGAGUGAAGAAGAAUUCUGGACAAGUGCAGAAGUCAGUGAUAUGAAAUGGUUUAAUGUUCAAAGUACAGUUAUCAAUACAAUUAAAACAAAAUCAGGGAAGUGGCCAAAUGAUAUAGCAGUGACAAGUGAUGGGGAUCUAGUGUACUCUGACUGGAAAACAAAUACUGUGAAUAAAGUGAAGAGUGAUCAGAAAGAUGAGGUGAUCAUACUACAAGGCUGGAAACCCGGCAAUCUCUGUGUCACCUCCUGUGGUGACCUCCUGGUUACCAUGUUCAGUGAUGAUAAAACACAAUCCAAAGUUGUCCGUUACUCAGGUUUCACAGAGAAACAAACAAUUCAGUAUGAUGAUGAGGGUAAGCCUCUAUAUUCAGGAAAUAUUAAGAUUAAAUACAUCAGUGAGAACAGAAAUCUGGAUAUUUGUGUGGCUGACUUAGAAGCUGGUGCAGUAGUGGUUGCAAAUCAGACUGGAAAACUCCGAUUUAGAUACACUGGUCAUUUAAAGAAAAACAAAGUAUUCAAACCCUGGGGAAUCACAACAGACAGCGAGAGCCAUAUCCUGACAGCAGACUGUAAUAACCACUGUAUCCACAUCCUGGACCAGAAUGGACAUUUUCUCCACUAUAUUGAUAACUGUGAUCUGAAGGACCCAUACGGUUUAUGUGUGGACAAAAGUGGCAACUUGUUUGUUGCUGAGUUUUUUACUGGAAAUGUGAAGAAAAUCAAAUAUCUACAAUAAAUACUAUCGUUCAUAGCCAAGUUAGAGACUUGAAAGUAUGGCGGAAAAUUGUUAAUUCAUCCCAAACUUAACUUGUUUUCCCAUCUCUAGAAAUUAUCUAGGUGACACUAGUUAAUUCUUUAAUGAAUGUCCAACUUCCAAAACACAACAAAUAACAAACCUUAUUGAUAGCAGAUCUUAUUUUAUGCUUGAUAUAUUUGUUAGAUCCCUUCCACUAAUGCAGUUGGAAGUAGAUUGGUGUCAUCCUUUUGUAGACAUUUAAAACAAAUCAAUCAGUAAUUUUGUUUGAUUGUAUUGUGAUAUUUAAUUAUUCUCAGAGUUUUAAGAAAAGUUGUAUUAUUCCAUGUAAACCUGUUCACUGUUUUCAGAUUGACUUCUUUUAUUUUUUAUGAGACAAGUCUCUUUUCAAUUUUCAUAAAAUCUAUUUUCUUUACAUUCUGUCAAUACUAUCCUGUGUAUGUAACAGAGGAGGAUAAAAUGCUUGUACUUGAUUUUGAGGUUGUGGAGGACAAUCAGAUAUUGCCAGCAUAGAUAAUGUAUUUGAAAAUCAAGAUGUUUAUGACAAUAAAGUUAUGAAAUGACA